AUGAAGAGAGCGAAAAGGACUAGAGACGACGAACCGAUCCCGCGACGGAUAGAAAUGCCCAAUGGCGACCUACCCAAACGGAAGGUCCCUGAAGCCAAAAGGAUGCGCAUGCAAGUAGACGACCCGAUAGACCUCUACGCAAACGGGAAGAGGAUGACCAAGAAGCUCCCCAAGCCCAGAGCAAAGUACAGACCAUACGCCCCGCCAAAUUUCGACUGCCUCGGCCCAGAAACAUACCAAAGCAUAGCCGCAACACGACACAUCGAAAUCGUAAACGUGGAACCAGGCCACGACGGCUUCCCAACGAAAAGGGUAGAAGCGAGGCUCCGGGGAUGCACCAGCACCCCCCUCCCCCCCGAACUCGUAGCCCCCAACCCGCACUGGGGCCAAAUACCAGAAGACACCCAAACCACCGCUACAACGAUCCCCUUCACGACUGCGCCCCUCCCCAGAGUCGCACACAAGAACUCCACAAUGAUAGGAAACAUGAGGGAGGGUCUGAAGAGAAGGCUGGAGCAGACGAAGGGCAUAACGAUGCUAAUAAUCCCCUUCGGCGCAGGCAACAGGUUCACCAGGGAGAACCCCAACUACCCAGGACAAGUGACCGCGUUCCUCCAGAGCCUCAGAGGGGCUGGCACGAGCCAAAUCGUAGUGGUCCCCCCAUCCCACCAGUUCACCCCACCUACGAGGGCGCAGUUCGCCAUGCCCUUCGCCUAUGUGGCUACAAACAUCCCGCCAGAGCUGAAACGCCUCCUCGAACGGCGGCAGACAUUCGCCUUCCAAAUCGACGGCAAAAAACACGCGUUCAACGCAGUAGCAGUCCCCAACGACGCGCCAACGUCCUGGGUGAUAGCAAACUUCGCGGGAGGAAGCAUAGCGGACAACCCCAACGAAAUGAGGAGUGCACUGGAGGCGAUCAUCAACACCCUCUUCGAGGACGCCUACGUAACCCGCGAAAUAGACAAAGCGCUAGCAACAAAAGGAGUAGGCGGCUCAGUGCAAGAGAGAAAAAUCAUCGCCCUAUCAUCACUAAGCCUAACGCUCAUCCAGCGAAAGAACGAACGGGGCGAGAACUCACCCAUAUGGCAACUAGCUGGGAGACCCAUACAUGAUAACCACAAAGAUCAUCGCAUGUGGCUCAAAACGAUACGACGGAUCACCUUCGAACUCGACGACAUGAAAUCGCUCUCAUCGACGACAGAAACAGUCGGAUGUGUAUGGUGCAAAGCUGAGACCCACAGCAGCGAAAGCUGCCCCUUCCCCAAACUGAAAGACUGGAAGGGACCAACACCGGACGCCGAGGAAUUCGUGAGGCCUGAGCCGCCCUACAGGCCCGACGCAGGCAAACGAAAGACGAAACCUACAGGAAUAGGUAAAAAGGGGAAGAAGAACCGCCGGAGGCCAGAGGACAGGCAGCCAGGACAUACACGUAGCUAA